AUGAAUACACGGAUUCUUCUUAGUUUUUUUCUCACAUUGACUUUGUACCAACAAAUUACAUGUGCUCGACCUAUUGCCUUAAUCUAUCGAGGACCUGCAGCUUGUAAAGGUUGUUCAGAAAGUAUUGCUACACUUCUUAAAGACAAAUAUAAAAUUGUCUAUGCUGGUCCUCGUGAAAAAGUAGACGUCAAUGCAGAUACAUUAUCUACUGCAAAACUCUAUGUCCAACCAGGUGGUGGUGAUCUCGAUGAAAUCUGGCCACAUGUUCGUCAAUAUGCAUCACCUAUUCGUAAAUACAUCAAGAAUGGAGGAAGAUAUCUUGGUAUUUGUCUCGGUGGUUAUUUAGCUGGGACAGAACCAGGCUUCGAUCUUCUACCAGGCAAAGGGCAAACUGAUCAGUAUAUCACAUCGAAAGGUGCUGUUGUUACUAGUGAAAUCGAUACUGUUGUUCCUCUUCUCUGGCGAGGUAAAUUGAGACACGUUUACUUUCAAGAUGGCACUCGUUUCGAUCUUGAUCGUACAGCAGCACCUACAGAAAUUUUGGCGACUUAUACGAAUGGUAAGAUUGCAGCGGCUGUACAAGAUUUGGGUAAGGGACGUAUAGGUAUGGUUGGACCUCAUCCAGAAGCCGAUAAGGAAUGGUAUGCGAUGUUUCGCAUGGUUAUAAUUGAAACAAAAUCACAAAUUGAAGAAAUGGGUGGUCAUGAAAUAGUUGUAGCCCAACAAAAUAAUAUUACUAGUCAUUUUAAUAAUAACAGUGACAACACGAUUAAUUUUCUUCAUGAUCUAUUAUUUUAUCCUUCGAAAUGUUCCAAUUUAUCUACCCAUGGAUUACCAGUUACGACAAUCAUUAAUGAAGGAUACAUGAAACUCAAACCACUCCUAUAUCCAUGUACGAUUGAAUUUAGUCUCAUGUGUCUUACAUUGUUUUAUCUUAUUUGGGAAAAUAUUGGCAAAACAUUUACGCGUAAAAUAUCAGAUAAGUCAUCAACGAAAAAUGUCUUUAUGAUUAAUUGUCAUGCAUCUAACAAAGGUCGUUUUGGUGGUAUGUUCGUUUUUUCAUGUACAAUGAUUUCGAUUAUUCUUUAUGUGGUUUUUCGAAAUAAAAUCGGUGAUACACAUUUUAUGCUCUCUGAUACAGCAACUAUAGAAAAAUAUUCAUUAUCGUCGACAACAAAUACUAUUGGUCAUGAUCCAACCAUAUUUAAGAGUUCAGCAAGAAUAGAUUAUAGUAUUGUUAUACUUGAAAUCGUUAAUUUAUGUUUGUUAGCGCUUUCAUUAUGUGCAACAAUAUGGUCAUUAAUUAAAAUUCGUAAAUUAAACUAUCGACGAACAACAACACAUUUUGAUGAUGUUCUCAUUAUUAUUUCAUUAACAGGUAUCAAUUUAUAUUCAAUAUUUAGUGCUUUCGCCAUUUUUGGUUAUUUGGGUUCAUCAAUAGUUAUUAUUUUAGCACGUGAAAUGAUUACUCUACUGAUUACACUUGAUUUAAGUCUUUGGUUUGAAAAAACAACCACAACAACUAAACAUGAAGCUAAUCCAUUUCAAUUGGCUUUUUAUCAUGUUAUUCCAUGGUCUAUUAUUGCUGCAAUUACAACACCACUUCAAAAUUUUUUUCGUUUUCAUGCAUCUGUUUGUCUUUCACAUGUUUGGGCAAAUAUGUAUCAUUUGCCAGCCUAUCAAUCAUUGACUUCUCGUAGUUAA